UUCUCCAAUCUCUCAAAUAUUUCCUAAACCUCUCCAUACCCUUCAAAGAUGAUUUUAAAGACUUCCGGCUAUUCCGACCGGUUUUACUUGGCCUAGUUCUUUUGAUACUACUUCCGGUUUUAUUCCACUCUCGAUUAUCCUUUCCUUACCCUUCCUUUUUCUUCAAGAUGACAACAAAAAAUUCAUCGCAAAAUUUAAUUAAUCCCUUUGGAUUAUUGCAAGAUAUACUUGCUAAACUGUUUUUUAGGUACGGGUUCUUCAUUGCCAAACACCCUCGUCCUUUCAUUAUUAUUCCUGUGGAUGAUCUCAGGCUUCUGUAUUCACCAGAGCACUCAAUGUCUCGUCUUGAAUACCAAGUUCAUAAGGAAUUUAGUGGAGAUUCUGUUAAUAGCUCCUAUGUUGCUAUUGCGCUGGAAGCAGCACCUCCACCUUCUAACCCAGAAUUAAGUGAUGGAACAUCAUCUACCGAUAAACAAAGCUCAACAACUCCUUCCCCCAUUAAUUGGAGGAAUAUGUUAAGACACGAAAUUGCUUUAUCCAUUACUGGAUUACAGCAGUUUAUAAUGCAUAAUAUGACUGUGGAUCUACCCGAUGGAAGUUACCAUUUUGGGAAUGAUAUCUGUACAAGAAAUGCCCUCUGCCCUUUAAGUAAUGUACUCGUUCAGCUUUUCUUUGACGCAUAUUUCAGUGAGAAGUUGAGAAAAGACCCUCGAAUAGAACUACAUUGGCCAAUUCUCAAAUUUUUUGAGAACAAAAUGUUCAUGCCAACUAAUUUUUAUGGGGUUGAAUUAAAUAAGAGUGAGGGAAAUUCUGAUGGAUUCGAUGCAAUUAGCUCAAUUCAAGUUGUUCAUCUAGUCUAUCAUGUAGCUGGAACUGAGAAGUACACAGCAGAAGAAGUCGGCAUAGCCGUUGAAAAAUCACUCAAACAAGCAUUGGCUGAACGGGAACAUUUACUACGCUAUUCAUUAUUCUCUCUAGCAAUUUUAAAAGCUGAAAUGCAGAAGAAUACAACUUACACACUUCCUUAUAUUUCCUUAACACUUAUUUUGCUGGUAACAUUUACAGCAUGUUCCUGCAUGACCGGUGACUGCAUUACCAGCAAACCUCUAGAAGCAUUACUCGGCAUCUUUUCUUCCUCCCUUGCAAUUGGAAGUUCUGCCGGGCUUCUUCUAAUGCUUGGUGUGCCUUUUAUUCAUCAGGUAACAGUUGUACCCUUCUUAGCCUUUGCAAUUGGAGUGGAUGAUACUUAUGUAAUGCUAGGAGCUUGGCAGGAUACCAAACGAAAUUUAAGCCCAGAGAAGCGGAUGGCACUUAGUUUGGAAGAGGCUGGCUCUGCAAUAACUGUAACUUCACUAACUUCCUUUCUUUCAUUUGGCAUUGGAACAUUUUCCGCAACCCCAGCAAUCUCAAUUUUCUGUAAAUUCAUCGCUAUUGCUGUUCUCUUCGACUACAUUUAUCAAAUUACAUUUUUCGCUGCUGUUAUGGCAUUAGGUGGUCGUAGAGAAGACGCUGGACAUCACUGCGUUUUUCUUUGGAGGCGGAUGCCAAAGGAGCAGAUUUGUAAGGUAAAUUAUGAGAGAAAUUUUAUCAGAUAA